AUGCGGGUGGGCCGUGGCAGGCAGGCUGCCUCGUUCGCCGCGACCGUUGGUGUUGUCAUUCACGGCGCAGCCGCGCCGCUGGUUGACGCACUAAAGGUCGCGCGCCCGGCGGAUGCACCGGAUGGUGUGGUGCUUGUGCGGUCGCAGACGUACACGCGCCGCGUUUCCUCUGCCCUGCCGGCGGCUACGUCGAGUGACGCCCGUCACUCCGUCUCCGCUCAGGCAGGGAGUGCUACUAAACAAGCAGCCUCUGUUGCAGAUAACGAGUGGCACGUAGUCACCCCACGAAGGGACAGACGCCGUGCUGCAGGACGCAGAUCACCGCCUCCGGACCGACGGCGCAUCAUACCGCCCAGUCCGCCUAACAGCGGCCCGGCGCGAGCCAACGCGCCUGGGCGGCCGGCGCGAGCUAAACCUCCUGUUUCUCGCGCUGGCGCCAGGGCGCGGGCGACCGCUGGGCCAUCUGUUGGCGGCGCGGCGAACACCAGCCGCGGUGCGCCCGACCCGAGCGCCAGGCCGGCGCAAGCUACACCGGCCCCUGCUGCUACCGCUGCGCCACCUGUCACCACCGGCGCGGCGAUCGAAAGCAGCACUGCGCGGCCCACGCCAGAUGGCAGCACGGCACCACGACCGACGCAGACGACGGAGCAGCGCGACGUGAACGGAGGGACUGCAGCUGCAUUUCCGAGACGUGGCAGCAGCAAGAGGAGAUGCCGACGCCGUAACAACCGUCCCAGUCCUGAUCCUCCGCCGCAAAACUCCCGUCCUUCACCAAACCUGACAGACCCCCUGUACCCUCCGAACAGGAGCGUUCACGACAAGCAGUGGUGGGACGCAUUCGUCGCGGUCGUCGAGGACUUCAUCUCCGAGAUCGCCGAGACGAAGCCACAACGCCAGGCAGCCGGAGGUCGACAGGAUGGGCCACCAGCAGCAGCGCACCGCGGCCAGGGCCGCGCCGACGCUGCUGCCAAUCCCCCUCCCCCUGCCCCUACACGCGGCCGCGAUGCGCCAGCUGCUGUCCCGGACUUUGCCGCCACCACGCCUCCUGAUGUCAGCGAGGAGGUCCUGCCGCCGAUCACCCCCUCAGAGGUGCAACAGUGGCUCCAGAAGGCGAGCAAUACUGCUCCUGGGUCAGUCGGAGUCACCUAG